AUGUUCGCCGCUUGUGAAGAGGCGGUCCCCUCCAUGUUCUGCACCAUUCAGGUGGUCUCGGCGCGCGGUGGCACAUCUCGGCCCGCGGAAAGGCCGCCGGCGGAGGCGGGGCGGGCGGGCGGCGGCGCCUGCUCGCCCUCGACGUUCCGCGCAGACCUCGCGGAGGCCGUGAUCGCCCGCGCUUGCGCGGCACCGCGGGCGAUCCGCGCACCCGAAGGCAAGCAGCUGCUUGUGCGCGACCUGUCCUCGGUGGGGACCGGGAUCAAGCUGCCGGGCGGCGAGGUGCGGCGGCUGGAGAAGGGUGUGGACACCCCGCUGCCGCCGGAUGCCCUGGUGGUGCUGCCCAUGAAGGUGAAGGCGACGGCGGGAACGCCCGGAGACAAGCUCGUCGGUAUCGUGGCGGCGACAGUCGGGGAGGACGCCCCAGACAGGCCCCUCGACGCCGUCGCGGAGGUCGCGCUGGUGGCCAGGGCGGUAGGCAUCCCCCCCGGGCACCCGCUGACGGACGCCCCCCCCGCGGCGCCGACGCCUGCGGAGGCGGCGCCGGCGGCGCCGCCUGCGCCUGGGGCUCCGAGGGCCGCGAAGGAGAAGAAAAAGGAGAAGAAGGAGAACAGGGAGUCCCUCGCCGCGACGUUGACGGCGGCGGUCGCCACCGCGAGAGCAGACAGGAAGCGGGCUGCGCAGGACACGGCGGAGAUUCCGAUCUCCGGCGCCGCGACGCUGGACCAGCCCGCUGCGGACGGUUGGCGCCGGCGCAAGAGGAUGCGCGACGCGGAGGCGCCGCCCCCGAGGGACCCGCGCGAGGCGCUGCGGGACUCCGAGAGCGCCGUCCUGGAGGUGGAGGCGGUGGCGGGCGCGGGGCAGCCCGCGCUGGUCGGCCUGAUGCCCCCGGGGACGCCCCCGAGGCGGGCGGCCUCGCAGGCCAGGUCGGACGCCGAGGACACGCUGCCGCCCACCCCAGAG